CCGCCGCCACGAGAGGAGCUGCCGCCAUGUCCGCGCAUCUGCAAUGGAUGGUCAUGCGGAACUGCUCCAGCUUCUUGAUCAAGAGGAAUAAGCAGACGUACAGCACCGAACCCAAUAACCUGAAGGCCCGCAACUCCUUUCGCUACAACGGGCUCAUUCACCGCAAGACUGUGGGCGUGGAGCCGGCGGCGGACGGCAAAAGGGUCGUGGUGGUCAUGAAGCGGAGAUCCGGCCAGCGAAAGCCAGCCACUUCUUACGUGCGGACCACCAUCAACAAGAACGCCCGGGCCACCCUCAGUAGCAGCCGGCACAUGAUCCAAAAGAACAAGUAUCGCCCGGAUUUGCGUAUAGCUGCCAUCCGCAGAGCCAGCGCCAUUCUGAGCAGCCAGAAGCCUGUGACAGUGAAGAGGCAGCGGACCCGCCCCACCAAGAGCUCCUGAGCAAUCUGUCCCCUUCCCCAAUGCAAUAAAGCUGUC